GAUUUGCCCCCACCUACGACCCUGACCACGAUGCUCGCACACCCCUUCCGCCCGGGCGCGGCGCGCGGAGGGAGCCGCGUGAUCCCCUGAACUCUCGCCCUGCUGCACCCCGGGCGCGAUGGGGCCGCGCGGGACCGCGUGAGCACGGGGCGAGCCAACAGCUCCCGGCCGGCACCGGCAGCGCCGCCCGUCCCGUCCCGGUAGUAGACGAGCGCCGCCAUGCCGGGCGUCGGCUGGCCCAAGGGGCCUUGGGCCGCGGGGCGGAGCUGGAGUCGCUACCUGAGGCGCGUCAGGUCGCCCGGCAACGCGGCGGACGCUGCCGCGAUGGCCUCCAAGGGCAGCAAGAAGAAGGAGCUCGGGAGCCGCAGCAGCUCCGGGAUACUGGGCGCCUCCGCGAAAGAUGUACCUAUCUACCACAUAGGUGCUUCAAGAUUUCCCAUUUGGCCAGAAUGGAAUGAAGCUGACAUCAGUGCAGAAAAAUGGGAUUCUGGAAAAGCUGGAAAAGAGAAAGAAAAGGCUGGGAAAAGUCCUGUUUCUCUUGUCUUUGAUGAUCCCGAAGGAAAAAUAGAGUUGCCAGCAUCCUUAAAAGUGCAUUCAUGGAAACGACCACAAGAGUUUUUAGCAAAUGAGACUCCUGUGGUGGUCAAAAAUGAAAUCUCAUGUGACCUUUUUUCAGCAAAUGAACAUUUAUUUUGUAGUGAGCUGAUGCGGUGGAUUAUAAGUGAGAUUUGUGCUCUCUGGAGAAUAUAUAAUGAAAAGACCUUAUCUAUUGGAACAUCCACAGUGUUUUGGAAGCCAUGGGAAUAUAUUUAUCCCUUCAAUAAAACUACUAAGGGACACAUGCCUCUGUACAAUAGCUAUGGAAAAUACGUAGUGAAAUUGUAUUGGAUGGGGUGCUGGAGAAAAAUCACUGUGGAUGACACUAUGCCCUUCAGUGAAGAGGGUAAUUUGUUGCUACCAACGACAUGUCAAACUGAACUUUGGCCAAUGUUGCUGUCCAAAGCAAUCAUUAAGCUGGCAAAUACUAGUUUACGUGAAAAUGGGAAAAGAGAGCUGGAGGAAUUUACAAUUCUACAUGCACUGACUGGGUGGAUACCAGAAGUUAUUCCUCUCCGGCUUGGAUACUUGGAUGAAGUCUGGGACCUUUUGAAAGCAAUUGUGCCAGAAUUUAAUUGGACAGAUAAGAAUACUCCUCAGGCAGAUAAAAAACCUAAGGAAACAGAAGUCUCAGUGUUAAAAAAUGAAAUUUCACCUGUGAACAAAAAGCCAGAUAAACCUGAGAAAGCAGAGAAAUCUGACAAAGAAAAAGCAGAGCAGAAAGAAACUGGGAAGAAGAAAAAUAGAGAUGGAGAAAAAGAAAAAAACAAGUCAGCACUUCAUUCUUCAGAAGUGUCAACAGAAGUGCAGCACUCUCCUCAAUCUUUAGCUGAGAGUUCUUCGGUGCCAACCCAGCCAGAAAUGGCAGUCUAUGCUGGCUGUAUACCAUUACAUUUGUCUGAAGAGAAGAUCUUUUCCUUAGUUCAGAUGACUGAUUCUUCAGAGAAGCUGAGACAGUAUGGGCUUUCCCAAGUAUACAGCCAUCCUGUCCUGAUUACUAGAACUAGGUCCUGCCCCCUGGAAGCCCCAAAGCAACCAACCUUACCAGUUCCUCCCUGGAAGCUUUUCCGUCAGAAAAAGACAACUGUUGCAAAAUCUGAACCUCAAGAACCUGUGUUAGAGAAACCUGAACAAUAUGUUGAGAUUGCUAGCCUAUUUUUAAAUUACAAACUAAAAACUAUCAAUAUAUCCAAAGAUAUCUCCUUCACGCAGUCUUCCAUCCAAAAAGAAUUUCAUUCGAUGACCCAUCUCCCUUCUGUCACUGAAAGCAAUGAAAAUGUAGAUGGCAGUAACAUGGAAAUGAAUCAAAGUGGGAGACGCUCAAAUGCAGAAGAUUAUUCUCGGGAGCAACAUAAAACAGAGAGACCCACUGGAGAAAAAUUGCACGAGAAUUUUUGUUCUAAUGCAAAACAAAUGUCAGAAAGAGCUGAUACUGUUACGAACAGCCAGGCAGUGGAUGAAUCAAAGGGAGAAAUCAAUUCAGGAAAAACUUCUGUAUCCAAGGAAACCUGGAUUAGCAUUGAGGACUUCUGUGUUUGUUUCCAGAACCUGUUUGUUUUCCAUAAGCCACAUACAUAUGCUUAUAACUAUCAGAAGACAGAUUUUAAGUCUACUGAUGACCGAGUCUUGUAUUAUUUACUUGUGGACAGUCUGACUCCUGUUGAAAUCCUGGUUAGCUUUUCUGCACUAGUAUGCUGGGAUGACACUGGAGCUGGUAAACAAGAAGGUUCUAGUAUUUCAAAGGCACUGCUGAAGGUUGAACGUUUCUCUUGGAAAUGUGCGACUCCAGGGGAACUUGUACUAAAGAUGCAUACAUACGCAACCAAAUCUACUGUGUUGAAUCUCCCUGUUGGGCGACACAUACUUCUCUUCUCAGUAAGUUCUCCCAUAGGGCAUCAUAUUCAUCUCUGUAGCAUGGUGCCCUGUGUCUUUGGAGAUGAGGAUGCUGUAAUGCAAAAUCUGGAAAAGGAGAGCUACCGAUUUAUUGGGCAGGCUACUGCUAUCCUGAAAGCUAUUGGAAAUGUGAUUAAUAAUUUCAGCAGUAAGCCUGAACUUUCUGAAGCUCUGAAGGAGCUGGAACUAACUCAUUGUCCUCCUGGCGUCCAUGAUACUGAAAUGGCUGAGGAACAUUUUAAGGUUUUCAAUAGUGCCUUGUGGUCUUUGAUCAAAUAUGUAUUGGACAAGAAGAUUCCUCAUGAGUAUAAAUUUGCCUUCAGGUCCUUCACUUUAGAUUUUAUAUACACUGAUGUCUGUGAGGAUGACAAUGUGUCUUCAGAGAGUUGUGAGGUGACUUCCCUUAGUAGCUGGCAGAAAAGAAUUCCCACUUCUGAAGAAGAAGCAGCAGCUCUUAAACUCCAAGCUCUUUGGAGGGGGACUUAUGUGAGGAGAGUAAUGAACAGCAGAAAACCAGGUACUAAAGAAAACACUGCUGUCAAAGAAAUCUUGCAAAAAUUGUGGAAUGCAAUUGAGUUAAAUUUUGAGCAGUGCGCUGUAGUGCUGUUAAGAGAAAUGUUCAAAAGAAACUGUAACUCAAUCAAAAAGUUUCCUUGUUAUGAAGAUGAAUGGUGUAAGGUCUCUUUCACUGACUAUGCUGUAACAUAUUCUGAUCAGCCACCAAAUAUUUGGUUUGUGGUUUUUAGAGAAAUAUUUUUUGUUCCAGAAGACAUGCUCAUAGUGCCAAAGAUGUAUACCACUAUCCCUUCCUGUAGACUUCAUGUAAUUGAUAAUGACACACUGGAGGAAAUGCCACAUGUCUUUCUGAAAGUGGCACCUCAUAUUUACCCCAAAAAUAAGAAAGGAUACACGUUUAUGGCUGAAGCACGUACUGGUGACCAGUCUUUGGCUGCUGGAAGAUGGAGGCUCCGACUCAUCAGUUCUCAUAGUCCACUCCCGUUCCUCUCUCGUGAGGCUGUAAAUAACAUCUAUUCUACUAAAGAAAUUAAAGAGUAUUACGUACCCAAUGAUAAGUGUGUAAUGUUCAGGUAUUCAGUAAAAGUCAUGACAUCACAUAUUGCUACAGUGCAGGUACAAACCUCUAAAUCAGACGUGUUCAUUAAGCUACAAGUCCUAGAUAACGAGGAAGAAAUUGUAAAUGUCACUGGAAAGGGCCAUGCAGUCAUUCCUGCUUUUAAUUUCUUGAGUAAUGAAACACUUUUGAGUUCCCACUCAAGUAAAAGCCAGAUUAUCCGAAGCGUUGGAAAGAAGGAAUCGGAAACUGGAUUUAAAAAAAGAGGUCAUAUUUCAGCUCCAAAAGAUACAAAAAGUGCUUUCAAGAGAGGACUUUCACAAGAAAGUAUAUCUGUGUUGGAAGAAGAAUCUUUCCCCUUGGAAAACUUUGAAAAUAAUCAGGGAAGUCCACAACAACCUCACAAGUAUAUCAUACAGGCAUUGGUAUUACAUAACAGUUGGCCACUCACAGAAGGCCAGAUUCUGUUUGUUCAGUCACUGAAGGAAAUGGAGAAAACUGAACUCAAAGUUCAUACUUCCACAUUACCCUGACACUGAAUAUCUGAUCCAAAUCUCAUUAAAGCCAGUGGAAUAUCUUCAGUGGACUUUGGAUCAAAUCAAGCAGCACAGUGAUCUAACCUCUUUCCACUGAGGAAAGAAACACAGCAUUAAGUGAAAGGUGCCUUGUUAUUAUCUUCAGACUCGUUUCCUCUUUUUUUUCCAAGAGAAAUUGCCUGUUUGAUUGCAUUGAUCAAAUCUCGUUUUUCAGCAUUUGUUUUAAUGUUUCAAGCAGCAUGAAGGUGGAGUGAAAUAGAGAUAUCAGUCUCUGAUCUUCAAUCUUUUACUGUUGUGGACCCAGUCCAGCUUAUUUCAUUUGCUGUGUUCCUAUGCUAUUAAAGCUGUAUGCUAUUUUAGGCUUUACUUAUUCUAUUUUAUUUUUAUAACAAGAACAUGGCAUGAAAAAAAAUCUUGUUAACAGCUUCUACUAGCUAAGACGUGCAGAAUCAAAGUGAUACAAAUGUUAGUUCUCAGCUCUUCUAUUGAAGAUCAUACAACGGCGAAGAUCAUACAUAUAGCAUAUUCAUGUACUGAUUAAGUAAUUAAUUCGAAAAUUUCUCUGAUUGUUCUGAGAAUGAUCAUUUUGAUUUUCCCAGGUACACACUGAGUCUUAAAUAUGUUUUGUUGCCUUAACUUCCUCACAUUUUUGGAUUUUUUUUUUCGGUAUGCGUGUGUUCUGCUCUUCAGUCUUUCAGGCUUACAGGUACUUGAGGCAAUGAGAACAUCAGCUUUACUUAAUUUGAGCUUCUCACCUUUCUGACAGAGAUUGUGUAAGAGAACUAAGAAUCAGAUUGCUAGCUACAGAACAGCAAUCUCCUCUUUGGACUGACCUAUACAUGGAACAAUAGGGCAGUUAUUCAUAUGGACCAUGGUAAACCAAUAAUUAAGUCCUGGGUAAAAUGCUGUUAAGGACAAAUAAAGCUGCCAUAAUGUCUACCCUGUAAGCUUGUUUUUAAAGGCUUUAUUGUCUCCGAAUUCUUUCUUGGUCCAACAGUUAAUAUUGGUGUAGUACUUUAAAGUAUCAACUAAUUACAUAAGACUUUUCUUUGUUUUUCCUGUGGCUGUUUUGUGCUAUUAUGUUCCAUCCUGGAUAUUAUAUGGGUAAACACAUUUAUGGAUGAUAAUGGUAUCUUCUAAUUCAUCGUGCAUCAUAACUGUGUAUGAACAGCACAUGGUGAAAAGCAUGAGGAGCACGGUUUUCUCCUGAAGUCCAAUCAUUGUGAAGGACAAAGGUCUGCAGGUAUUCCUAAGUCAACCAGAAAAUCAAAAGAUAAAGCAGCUGAGAAGACAGAAAGAGAGAAGUCCAAU